GCGUGUGUCACUCAAGUCAGGUCAUCGAUUGUCUUUUUAUAAUUUUAUGUACGGUAUUACUUUUCCUAAAACAUUUGAGAUUUAGCAGGUCUGGAUAUUUUACAGAUUUACAUGGAGUGAUGGCAGAUACAACAAUGAUGCAAAUAAAUACCCUUCCCACAUUGCUCCUUUUACUUGGAAUAUGGACGCAGUUAUCCAAUGGUCUUGGUUCGUCCACCCCCGUGUUAUGUUAUUAUACCAACUGGUCCCAGUAUCGCCCUAUAGAAGAAGCCAAGUUCAACCCGGAGAACAUUGACCCCACCCUCUGCACACACAUUAUAUACUGCUGCUCUAAGAUCGAAGAGGGGGUGCUGGCACCUUACGAGUGGAAUGACAUUGGCAACAAUGGUCGCUAUAAGCAAGUUACAGAUUUGAAGAGCAAGUAUCCACAUUUAAAGGUACUCUUAGCUGUUGGUGGAUGGAAUCUAGGGACUGAGGUUUUCACCGAAAUGGCCAAAGAUUCAACAUCAAGGUUCAAAUUUAUCGAACAUGCCCUGACGUUUUUACGUAAACAUAACUUUGAUGGCCUUGACCUUGAUUGGGAGUUUCCCGGGGCAGAAUAUAGAGGGAGUCCAAAGGAGGACAAAUAUAGGUUUACAGAUCUUGUGCGGGAACUCCGUUUAAGUUUUGAUGGGGAGGCCCAAAAAAUGGGAGAGAAUCGUCUUCUCUUGUCGUCCUGUCUUGCAGCUGGCUCAGAGUCAAUAGAGGCAGGAUAUGAAGUUCCCGAGAUAUCACCUUACUUGGACUACAUGAAUGUGAUGACGUACAACUUUCACGGCAGCUGGAAUGACUGGAUAGGAAUGCACAGUGCCCUCUACCCUAGGUCUGAUGAGCGGGACAAAAAAAGUCUUCUGAAUUUGGAUUGGGUAGUGAAUAAAUACUUGGAGCUUGGCGCACCAAGAGAGAAGCUUAUUCUUGGCAUCCCAGCUUAUGCCCUUGGAUUCAAACUUGCGGACCCCAAAAAUAACAGACCCGGUGAUGCUGCAAUUGGAGCAGGAGAUUCUGGUGAAUACACAGCAUCAUCUGGGUUCCUGUCGUACUAUGAGAUGUGUUUGAAUGUGAAAAAUAAUGGUUGGACAAAUAGGUGGCAGCGCGAUCAGUUAGUUCCCUAUGCAUUUAAAGGUGACCAGUGGUUUGGCUAUGAAGACCUGCUCAGUAUCACGAAAAAGGCGGAGUAUAUCAAGCAGAAGGGACUUGGAGGAGCCUUCGUUUGGUCCCUAGACCUGGAUGACUUCAACGACAUAUGUGAAACUGGUGUGAAGUAUCCUUUGCUGAAACGACUUCGGGCUGCCCUAGAUGAUUACAGACCUAGAAACACUGUGGAUUACAUCAGGCCCCAGUCACCCCCUCUUCAACGUUCCCCCUAUAUAGUUAACCAGGGAGAUCAUGAUGAGGAUGUGCACCAUAAUGACCACCAUGUUACAAAACCUUUGGCAUACAAUGAUAACAAUCAGCUAAUAAUUUCUCCGACGGAAAAGUACAUUUCUAAACUGCCACCGCUAAAACCAAAACUUCCUGCUGGCAAAAAAAUACAGAAUAUUCCCGGUCCCUCGAGGCAGUACGUUUCUAAACAGAUGCAAGAUGAUCGCCCGAAACAAUUUAUUCCCGAAUCCUCACCUAGAACACAAUAUAAUCAGCCUAAAUCCAGUGAAAGAAGAUUCUUCAAGUCAAACUCUGGACCAAAACAAAAUAAUAUUCUAGAAUCAUUCAACCAAAGGCCUAUUCCUCAACAAAUGUAUAACUCCAGAAAUCAAGUUCGAAAGCCUUAUAGAUCCCAGCACAAGGCCACACCUAUGAGACAAAGGUUCCAGCCCCUCACUUGGAAGCUUCCUCCCCUUUUGCCCCCACAGAGAACUGGAAGACGAUGGGGUAGGCCGAUGAGAGGUCGAAUAACUAACAGCUACAAAAGUGCUAACCUUACAAGCAAUGCUACAUUAACAUAUAAUCAAGUUUUACCUGGAAGAUCAUCCUUGUAUCGACCCCGGCCUUCUCAAUAUACCAGUCGACUUUCACCUUUUUUACCUUGGCCCUUCAGAAAUCAAGACUUCUUCAAUAGGGUGAAACUCCCUAAAAGUGAUCGUCCAGCCUAUUCUACUGUCCCAAAAGUAUCACAAAAUGGCAGAAUGUCUAAGUCUAACACAUCCCCUGAAAUAAAUAAUGAUUGGAGGCAAAACAUUAGACUUAAUAAUGCGAUUUCAAAGACAGGGAAAGCUGAAGUGACAGGGAAACCAACCAUUGCGACACCUGCUGAAGUCACUGAAACCGUUACUAAAGCUGGUCCCCCGAUGCCCAAAUGGAAAUCAUUCAUUGACUUUGCAAUUGAAAAAACAACAACGAGGCAAGAUGAGACAUCAACAAAAAAACCAAAGACAUCCUUGAAGAAAUCAAGCUUCAAAAAGCGUUUGAGAAAAUUAAGGAUUCCAAGAAGGAGACUAAAGAACAGUGGCAUAAGUGAAAAUACCACAACUCCUGCAUCAAUUGAUGCCACGACAAUUCUCGCAACAGGAACCACUGUUCCUUCAACACGUCCGUUGAUUGAAUGUGGAAAAUCAUUUGAUGGCAUUUACCCUGACCCCAAGUGCACAUGCUGCAAGUCCUACUACCGCUGCACGGAUGGUCUCGCCCACAAGAUGUCUUGCUCUGGCAAUUUCGUCUUCAAUCCUGCAGUGAAGGCAUGCACGAUACCUCCAUUUGUUUUGGGAUGCCAGAAUAAAUUUACAUCGAAAACGACAGUUAAGAAUGAUACAGCUCGAAUGGACUAACAGAUUCAAUAUUUUCACAUAUACCUGCUGUGUUCAGUUUCAAACAGACUACAUGAAACAAAUGACUGAUUCAUUUACAGUCUCUUCUUUAUUUUAAUCUAUAUGGUGAUUCACCUAUUAAACAUAUCAACCUGUUGGGGCCUCUUAGUGAGAGUCCCAUGCAUAUCAUUUUCAUUCUAAUGUAUACAUAUACUGUAUAUUCUCUAUCAAAUAAAUAAUUAGGAAUAUGAAAAAGAAAAAAUGCAC